AUGUCGGAAUCACCUAUACCUCCUUCGACCUCCACGACCUUCACCGUCACUAGCGACGGUGAUCCAUCAGUGUCUGAACUUUCACUAUCGGAUCGAACAACAAUACAGAGCAAGCCUUUCAGCUUGCUCGCUCAGCCCUUUGCAGAAGCACGCGAUCUUCCGGAAUCACGCGAAAAUAGUGAAGAAGAAGUCCUAACUCAAAAUGACGAGUUGGAUGAAGAAGAGAAGCGAACAAAUGCUCAGACAGCAGUUAGACAACGCGAAGAAAAACUCCAGCGCGAUAUCGUCGUCUUGAAGAAGCUCAAUUCUGCAUUCACGGCCUUUAACGAUGCUCUGGAUGGCGUGGGGUCUGCAAAUACUCGUAUUUCGGAACAACUGAACAUCACUGAGAUGCUCCUGAACAAAUACAUGAAAGUACUUGCCAGAUCAGAAGAAUUUGCUCGCCUUAUCUUUGAUGAAGAGUUUGAAGGUGCAGAGGCGGAUGAGGAACUUAUCGAACGCGAAAGAGCAGAUGUAGCAGAGCGAGAAAGGAAAGAGGCCGAAAAACGCGCACUGGAAGCUGAACGCGAGAGGGAGCGCAAAGCGAGGGAGGCACAAGAACUGCUAGAGAAGGAACUGAGGGAACGUGCCGAGAGAGAACGAGCAGCGGCUUCCAGUGGCGUUAUCAGGGGGGUUAGAGGAACAAGGGCAUCCAUGCGAGGUGCGAGAGGGGCCAGUGCCAUUUCCAGAGGAGUGACCUCCAAUACUCGUGGCGGCACACCCCCCAACAUACAACCCGCCUCUGGCUCAAGGUCAAGUUCCGUAGCAGGUCGCGCGAGUGGUAUCAUCACGCGUGGAACCACAGGUCGACGAACGUGA